AUGUGCCCGACAGACAAUCACGGCGGCAAGGCUGCGAAGUCUGCGGAGACGCAUAUUUUGUCCUUCAUUUGGUAUGCAGCCAACAAAACAUGCAUGCGGGAUGUGGCCGACAGAUUCGACCUGGCUGAAAAUACUGUACACAGGGCACUGCAAAGAGUGGCAGACUACCUGUGUACGCUAGCUCCAACUGUCCUCACAUUUACCCGUGACCUCGAGAAGCUGUCCAGAGAUUUCGAGAAGGUGUCGGGUGUGCCUGGUGUUGUUGGGUGCAGAGACGGUUGCUACAUUCGCAUCCAGUGCCCCGAAAACAAGAUAGCUUCGACCUACGUCAACAGACACCAAUUCCUAUCGACCUACGUCAACAGACACCACUUCCUCUCAAUGACAUGGCAGGCUGUGUGCGACAACAUGAGGCGAUUCAGUGACGUGCUCGUUGGAAGCUCGAGCAAGAUACAUGAUUCCCGUGUCUUUCGCCUGUCCUCGCUUGACAAAAAAAAACGCCAGGCGACGCACUGCUCGAUGACAGCGAUGAAGAGGAGGCUAACGAUGACGUACCAUGGUCCUAGUGCACAGACAGCGAUGAAUGUGAAGAAGAGGAUACUGAAGAAGACUCAGCACUACGUAAGCUCGGCGAGUUGA